UGUGUGUGAUUGUGUGUGUGUGUGUGUGUGUGUGUGUGUGUGUGUGUGUGUGUGUGUGAUUGUGUGAUUGUGUGAUUGAGGAGCUUCCGUCAAACCAAACUCUCUCAGGGCGAUGGUGGUUCCGUACGAGGGCCAGUCUUUCUCUGCUCUGAGGAGGCAGUGCCAGCAGAAUGGACGUCUGUUUGAAGACCCUCUGUUUCCUACGUCCGACCAGUCUCUGUUCUACCAGAGCAACAGCAUCGGCCGAGUCACCUGGAAGAGGCCGAAGGAGUUAUGCAGCGACCCUCAUCUGUUCGUGGACGGCAUCAGCGCCCACGACCUGCACCAAGGUCAGCUGGGAAACUGCUGGUUCGUGGCUGCCUGCUCCAGCCUGGCUGUCAGGGACGCGCUGUGGCAGAAGGUGAUCCCGGACUGGAAGGACCAGGAGUGGGAUAAAGAGAAACCGGAGUCGUAUGCCGGGAUCUUCCACUUCCACUUCUGGCGGUUUGGUGAGUGGGUGGAUGUGGUGAUCGACGACCAGCUGCCCACGGUGAACGGAGAGCUGGUGUACUGUCACUCCAACGACAGCAACGAGUUCUGGAGCGCGCUGGUGGAGAAGGCCUACGCCAAAAUGUGUGGAUGUUAUGAGGCUCUGGAUGGGGGCAACACAGCCGAUGCUCUCGUGGAUUUCACCGGCGGCGUGUCAGAGCCACACGACUUAAUAGAGAACGGAUACAAAGAUGAUGAAGACAAACGCAACGAGCUGUUCGAGAGAGUCCUGAAGGUCCACAACAGAGGAGGCCUCAUCAGCUGCUCGAUCCGGGCAACCAGUGCGGCGGACAUGGAGGCCAGGCUGGACUGCGGCCUGGUGAAGGGUCACGCUUACGCAGUGACAGACGUCCGCAGGGUGAGGCUGGGUCACGGCUUUCUGGCCUAUUUCAGGUCAGACAAACUCACCAUGAUCCGCAUGAGGAACCCGUGGGGACAGAGAGAGUGGAACGGGCCCUGGAGCGACAGCUCUGAAGAGUGGAAGAAGGUCAGUAAGAGCGAGCGGGAGAGGAUCGGCGUCACCGUGCAGGAUGAUGGCGAGUUCUGGAUGACGUUUGAUGAUUUCAUCACCAACUUCACAGACCUCAUCCUCUGUCGUCUCAUCAACACGUCCUACCUGAGUUUCCACAAGACCUGGGAGGAAGCUGUGAUGAGGGGCUCCUGGCGUCGCCACGACGACCCCCUUCUCAACCGAGCGGGGGGUUGCUCCAACAACAAGCACUCCUUCCUCCAAAACCCACAGUACGUGUUCGACGUGGAGAAGCCAGAGGACGAGGUUCUGAUCUGUCUGCAGCAGAAAGAUCGCAGAGCCAGACUGAGGGAGGGACAAGGAGAAAACCUGGCCAUUGGUUUCGACAUUCACAGAGUGGAGUUAAACAGGACGUAUCGUAUGCACAUCACCCAGCAGAAGGUUGGUGGGAGUGUCUACAUCAACUCAAGGUCUGUGUUCCUACGCAUCGACCUGACAGAGGGGCGCUACGUCAUCAUACCCACAACCUUUGACCCCGGCCUGGAGGGAGACUACCUGCUCCGCGUCUUCACCGAUGUGUCCUCAGACUGCAAGGAGUUGACUCAGCAUGAGCCUCCACAGACCUGCUGGUCCGGGUUGUGUGGUUAUCCCUCUCUGGUCACUCAGGUCCACGUGCUACAGGCGAACGGACUCGCAGGACAAGACUCUGGUGGAGUGUCAGACCCCUACGUGAUCAUUCGCUGUGAAGGACAGAAAGUUCGCUCUCCGGUCCAUAAGGACACACGCAGUCCCGUCUUCAACACCAAAGGGCUGUUCUACAGGAAGAAAGCCCACCAGCCAAUCAGCAUCGAG